AUGGUUCAUCGAGCGCCCAACACAUUGACAGUCAUUGAUAAGAAGAAGCAUGGUAAAAAAAGGAGAGUCAUCAGUCAGGCCUUCUCUGAUAGUACACUCAAAUCGUAUGAGGGGGUGAUUCUUCAACAGGUUCAGAACCUGUGCAAUGCUUUGCGAGAGGGUAUUGAUGGUAAAUCAGUUCAAGUUGGUGCUUGGUCUCCCCCGAAGGAUACCGCACAUCUCAGUGAUUACUUCACUUUCGAUGUCAUGAGCAACGUUAUCUUUGAAGUGCCAUGGUCAACUCAGCGGGAUCCAAAGUAUCGUUUUGUCCCGGAUGUCAUUGAGAAAUCCAAUGUGCGCGUUGGUGCAUUGUCUCAGGCUCCUGAGUUGACUCUUUUCCGAAUUGACAAGCAUUUGUUCCCAGAGGCCAUCCGGGCUCGCGACCGGUUCAUCAGCUUUGUAGAAGAAAUGCUGCGCCAGGGAAUUCAAUCAGCGACCAAGACAGGAAGAGGGGCAUUUUCUCUCUUGAGCAAGACUAUUGACCCGGAAACAGGCCUUCCUCUUCGGAUGAAAGAGCUUGCAGGCGAGAGUGCUACCCUGAUCGUUGCUGGCACUGAUACGACCUCAACUGCUGUAGCGGCUUGUUUGUUCUACCUGUCCCAUUACCCCGGUGCACUUGAGAGGGCCACCCGCGAAGUCCGCAGCACAUUUGAAUCAUCAGAUUCCAUCACGAUGGGCCCAAAGAUGCACCAGUGCACCUUCUUACGUGCCUGCAUUGAAGAAAGUAUGCGGAUGUCCCCAUCUGCGGCUAGCUCACUGUGGCGAGAGGUGACGGACACAGGUGCAGAGGUUGACGGUGAGUACAUCCCACCUGGGGUGGAUGUGGGAACGUGCAUCUACAGCAUCCAUCAUAAUCCUGCCUACUAUCCCCAUCCAUUCACUUUCUGUCCUGAGCGAUGGAUUGCGAAGGAAGCUCAGCUUUUUCAGAGCGAUAUUGAGCUAGCUCGAUCUGCCUUCAAUCCCUUCUCCAUCGGGCCCCGCAGUUGCAUUGGAAAAGGCCUAGCAUACGUGGAACUGUCUCUGGUCUUAUCGCACGUGCUUUGGGCCUUUGAUCUGCGACUAGCACCGGGGGAGCUGGGUCAUGUUGGUGAAGGCAAGGUGGAUAGUCCUUUUGGCCGGCAUCGGGUGAAUGAAUUCCAGCUGUUUGAUCAUUUGACUAGUGCUAAACACGGACCAUUUUUGAAAUUCAAACCUCGAAUUUAG